AUGGUGACGGUAAAGGUGUUGAGUCAAGAGGAGUUUCAGAAAAGUAUUGCCUCACAAUAUACUGAUGUCAUAGGUGAGAAGUUGGGUGGUAAAGUAGAAUCAUUUUCCGAUGAAUGGUUUGCUGCAGCUGAGAACUUGAUCAAGCCGAAAGCUCCUGUUAGGGAUGCCACUAGGUUCACAUACGCCGGAGCAUGGUAUGAUGGAUGGGAAACUAGAAGGCACAAUGAAGAGGAGGCAGAUUGGGUCAUUUUCAAAUUUGGCGUGAGCUCAGCAAAACUUGUUGCAUGUGAAAUCGACACAGCGUUUUUCAAUGGUAACCAUGCGCCUUAUGUGUCAGUGGAAGCUGUGCAGAAAUUUGAUGAUGAUGAUGAUGAUAUCCUGAAAAUAAAGGAAACAGAUUGGGAAACCGUGAUUUGCAAGUCAGAGUGUAAACCAAGCCAGAGACAUUUUUUAGUAAGAGAUAAAGAAACAGACAAAAAUUAUACUCAUGCUAGGUUGAGAAUGUACCCAGAUGGGGGGAUCGCUAGAUUUCGUUUAUAUGGGAGUGUCAUCCCCGCGCAAUAUAGUGGAACAUCUGAUAUUGUUGAUUUUGCCUCGGUCAAAAAUGGUGGCGUUGCCAUCAAAGUUAGUGAUCAACAUUUUGGCACUGCUGAUAAUCUUUUACUACCUGGUAGAGGAAACGAUAUGAGUGACGGAUGGGAAACAAAGAGGUCGAGGGAGAAGGGGCACACAGAUUGGGUUAUUGUAAGACUAGGCGCUCCUGCACGGUUGAAGGAGAUUAUUGUGGACACAGCACAUUUCAGAGGUAACUUUCCCCAAAAGAUAAAUGUCAAGGGUAUAUCUGUUAAAGAGGAGCAAGAAAUCUAUGAUAAUGAUGCAGAGGAAAAGUGGAUUACUAUUGUGCCUGACUCAAAAACAAGCGCCGACAAGGAACACUUUUUCGAAAUCAAAAACGACAAGGUAUUUUCUCAUAUCAAGUUGACUAUCAUACCUGACGGUGGUGUUAAAAGAAUUCGUGCUUUUGGUGUAAAGGCUUGA